AUGGCCAAUGGGACCAACAUCUCUGCCCCAUACAACAGCUAUGAAUACUACAUGGACUACCUGGACCUCAUUCCUGUGGACGAGAAGAAGCUCAAAGCCCCCAAAUAUUCCAUUGUCAUUGUCUUCUGGGUGAGCCUGGCUGCCUUUGUGCUGCUCCUCUUCCUCAUCUUGCUCUACAUGUCCUGGUCCGGCUCCCCACAGAUGAGGAGUGGCCCCCAGCACCACCGAGCAUGCCCCUGGAGUCGCAGCCUCAGCCUUCCCCUCUGUAUCCGGAGGCACCUGCCAUGCCACAGGCUCCCCCAGGGGACCUCACAGACCCCACCAAGCUCAGUGAAGGACCCAGAAAGUGGAGCUGGCUCUGACCAGCGGCUGUGGCAGGAGAGUCCCUCAGCCUCCCUCCCAGGCUCCUUCAAGACAAAUCCACUCUCUUCUGGGAGCUGGCACUCAAAGAGGGUCUCCAAGGCAUCAGCUGAUGUCAAGGACAAGCCCAGUGAGCCUUCCCCAGAGAUUAAAAACUCUUCAUUACAGAACAGACACCAGUAA